UCAGAAAGGAACAUCAAGUAAAAGAAAGGCAAGAGCCAAGCCAAAGAAGCUUUUGGAUCUUGGCACAUGGUGGGGAUGUAGCAACCCAAGGAGCUUAAGGAGAAAUGGGUACCGUAAAUGAAACUCCAGUUCAUUUCUUAUUGAAUAAUGAUGGGAAUUCCGAACCAGUAUCUACUGACUUCUUUGCCCCAACUCAGCAAGAAAUCAAGAGCUUUAGGGAGCCUCAGCCAUCCUGUUCUGGCCUACAACUAAAGCCUGCAUCCAGGUCCAGAUCUAAAGGUAGAGAUGCCCACAAGCCUUCAUUCCCUUGGAAAUUCCUUUUGCCGAGGCGUGGUGUCUCCAAAAUAAUUUUCCAGGUGGUGGCAUCUGCUGAGAAACGCUCCGGUGUCUCCCUGCAAGCUAUUAAGAAGAGCGUGGCAGCCACUGGCUAUGACCUUGAGAAGCGGAAGAAUUACUUCAAGAGGGUCUUGAGGGCUUUGGUCGCCAAGGGCUUGUUGAGGAAGCUGACUGGCCGUGGACUUACGGGCUCCUAUGCAAUCAGCCAGAUGAUGAUGAAGGUGCUGAAGAGGAGGAGGAUGAAAAGGAGAACGAGAAGGAAGAGGAGGAGAAAGGCAAUGACAAGCCUGAAGCAGAAGAAAGCCUCCAACAGGAGGAGGAGGAAGAGGAGGAGGUCAAGGAGAAAGAAGACCAAGUCACAGAAAUCUGAACCAUCUGAGGUGCAGAGUCAUAUGUUGACUACAGGAGGUUUCCAUAGCUGAAACUGUGUGUAAGAAGGAAAAAAGAAUAAAGUGCCGUAUUUCAGCUGUCUUUAUUUUUAUGCCUGUUAUUUGGUCUUGAGAUCAUCUUUUGAGUCAAAUCAAAAGAUGAAUGAGAAAUGUCUGAGGGCAGCUCUGAAUGCACACUUGUCUCAGUCUUUUAAGUAUUGUAGUCUGAUGCAACUGGAAGCUCUGUCUGUCUGUCUCUUUCUCACUGUGCUAGAGGAAGGCAGGAUAGGAGACUGUCUCUGCUGAUGAUAUGGUCCUCCCACCCUAGCCAAAAAGGGGUAGAAAGCCACCCAGUUCCUGCAACCUCAGAAAUGUUGACUGCAUUAUGAGAUGUGCACAUGGAAUGGAGUUGUGGUGGGACCAGAGGUGAAACCUGCCUGUUCAGCCACAACCACCACUACAGAUGGGCAGAUCUAUCAAUUUAAGUUCCUUUUUGUUUCUUCUUUUUUCAGUCUUAAGUUCAGUUCUCCACAUUUCCAGAUCAAUUUGCAAUA